CUGUGGAACGUUCUGACCGGUGUCUCGGUUGUGGGCUUCAAGGAAGAUAGUGUGAGAGUGGGGGCAUCGAUAAUUAUCGCCGAAAAGAGUUUGAAUGCGAAUUGGAAGCUUCGGUGGAAACACUUGCAGGAACGAGGCAGAUGUUCAGAUUAUCACCGCUACUAAAAUCACGUUUCCCUAGAGCAGAAUUUAGCGCCGGCGGUGUGAAUGAACCCACAGCUCUGCUCCCAGAAGCUUCUGUCAGUUGGAGGAAGACUCGAUGCUUCUGCCCUGUCAGCUGCUGAGGUUAAAUUUAGUGUGAAUGAUUCUCCUCACUGUGUAACGACAGAAAACCAAUGCGUAGGUGUCUUAAUACUCGCCCUGGGGAGACUGGAAUGGAUGUCACGAGUCGCUGCACCCUGGGAGACCCCAAUAAAUUACCAGAGGGGGUUCCUCAGCCAGCCCGCAUGCCUUAUGUCUCGGACAAGCACCCAAGACAGACCCUGGAGGUCAUCAAUCUCUUGCGCAAGCAUAGAGAGCUUUGUGAUGUAGUCCUUGUGGUAGGUGCCAAGAAAAUCUAUGCCCACCGUGUCAUCCUUUCAGCUUGUAGCCCGUACUUUCGGGCAAUGUUCACAGGCGAGUUGGCCGAGAGCCGCCAGACCGAAGUAGUUAUUCGGGACAUUGAUGAACGAGCCAUGGAACUGCUGAUUGACUUUUCGUACACCUCACAAAUUACAGUGGAAGAGGGAAACGUACAGACCUUGUUACCGGCUGCUUGUCUGCUUCAGCUUGCAGAGAUUCAAGAAGCCUGCUGUGAGUUUUUAAAGAGGCAGCUUGACCCAUCUAAUUGCUUGGGCAUCCGAGCCUUCGCUGACACUCACUCGUGCCGAGAGCUGUUGAGGAUUGCGGAUAAGUUCACCCAGCAUAACUUUCAGGAGGUGAUGGAAAGUGAGGAGUUUAUGCUUCUCCCAGCAAAUCAGUUGAUAGAUAUAAUCUCAAGUGAUGAACUGAAUGUUCGCAGCGAAGAGCAAGUGUUCAAUGCAGUGAUGGCCUGGGUGAAAUACAGCAUUCAAGAAAGGAGGCCACAGCUACCACAAGUUCUGCAACACGUUCGAUUGCCGCUUCUAAGCCCAAAAUUUUUGGUGGGGACUGUUGGAUCUGAUCCACUGAUUAAAAGCGAUGAGGAGUGCAGGGACCUAGUAGAUGAAGCCAAGAACUACCUUUUGCUGCCUCAAGAGAGACCUCUAAUGCAAGGCCCUCGGACUCGACCUCGCAAACCUAUCCGGUGUGGUGAAGUGCUGUUUGCAGUGGGAGGCUGGUGCAGCGGAGAUGCCAUUUCCAGUGUUGAACGCUAUGACCCACAAACUAAUGAGUGGAGGAUGGUGGCUUCAAUGAGCAAACGGCGAUGUGGUGUGGGGGUCAGUGUUUUAGAUGAUCUACUUUAUGCUGUGGGUGGCCAUGAUGGAUCUUCGUACCUUAACAGUGUAGAAAGGUAUGAUCCAAAGACCAAUCAGUGGAGCAGUGAUGUUGCUCCCACCAGUACCUGCCGAACCAGCGUUGGUGUAGCAGUCCUUGGGGGAUACCUAUAUGCAGUAGGGGGCCAGGAUGGGGUGUCCUGCCUCAACAUUGUAGAAAGGUACGACCCGAAGGAGAAUAAGUGGACACGCGUUGCCUCUAUGAGCACUCGGAGACUUGGUGUCGCUGUUGCAGUUUUAGGAGGAUUCCUUUAUGCUGUUGGUGGUUCUGAUGGCACAUCUCCUCUUAAUACUGUGGAACGGUACAAUCCCCAGGAGAAUCGCUGGCACACUAUAGCACCCAUGGGCACACGCCGCAAACACCUAGGAUGUGCUGUUUAUCAGGACAUGAUCUAUGCAGUGGGUGGUCGGGAUGACACUACGGAGCUCAGCAGUGCAGAACGGUACAAUCCCAGAACAAACCAGUGGUCACCUGUUGUAGCCAUGACCUCUCGUCGAAGUGGAGUUGGCCUUGCUGUGGUGAAUGGACAGCUGAUGGCAGUAGGAGGCUUUGAUGGAACAACCUAUUUAAAAACGAUUGAAGUGUUUGAUCCGGAUGCUAACACUUGGAGGUUGUAUGGUGGCAUGAACUACCGGCGUUUGGGUGGUGGUGUUGGAGUUAUCAAAAUGACACACUGUGAAUCUCAUAUCUGGUAAACCAUACAAAGUGCAUUAGACCCCCCAAGCAAGCCUCGGAUAUGGACAUCCAGCUCCACUGUAAGACAUUUUAAAAGGAGCAUCUUCAACAAGUCGCCAAGAAAUGUUACACGUAGUAUUUUUCCAUUUUGUUUAAAACUAAGUUGAAAGCUAACUUUAAGAAGAUAUCCCCUAUAAACAAGGUUGGUUUAUAGGAAGAAUGAAGUAUGCAUCCUUUUUAUAAGGAGGAAAAUUUGUGUCCGUCGGCCAGUUGCAGUCAUUGUUGUUCUGUCAGUGGGAUUGUGAGCCAGGACGAUCAUAUGCAUUGCACCUUAAUGAAAGAUGCCUUUCAAACCACCUCCAUUUAUUUUUAAAAACUUACUACAGGCAUGGUUUUCUGUGACCCUCCGGACGUUAUUGGAUUUCAUAUAUGGGCAUUUGCCAAUUGUCUUAGGGGCAACAGCUUGAAAGCUGCAUAUUUCCUGUCCCUGAAUAGUACAUAUGAAUUUGGUGGCAAAUACCUGAAAAUGAAAUGCAAUGAAUAAACAGCAAGAGACGUCUUCAUGGUUACAAGCACAUGGUUACAAAGAAGAAACUUUAAUAUAUACUGUAGAGGUUUGUAACAUUACACGGUCCAUAAAUUGUCAAACCAUACUUUAAUGGCAAAAAAAUGUCAGGUCCUGCAUUUUCAUUCUACAUUGAGCAGUGUGAUAUUGGAUAAUUGUAAGUAUAUGUGUAGAAAAAACGAAAAAUUUAAGUGUUUUAAAGUGAUGAACAUGUAAUCUAAUGUUGCGCUGCCUGUAUGGUUAAAUUAAAGGAACAGUAAAACCAAAAAAAAUUGUG